GCUUGGAUAGACUGUACUCUGGGACUGGAGCUGCACCUGACUGUCACUAGAAGAACUUCUCUCCUCUGAUCCUAUGUUUCUGUGGCUACUGCUUCUGGUGCUUUCUCCUGUUGGCCUAUCAUCAGACUGGCUAAGUAUCGAUAUGCCACACUAUGCCUAUGAAGGAGAUCAGGUUGUCGUGAGAUGCUAUGGAGAAGAAAAUAAUAAAAUAAAGAGACUGAUGUACUAUAAGGAUGGAUCUCGGAUAUCCACUUAUUACAGCACCUCAAGCUAUGUCAUUUCAAAUGCAAGACCCAGUGACAGUGGCUCCUAUUAUUGUAAAGCAGAUAGGAAAUUUUUCUUCUUUGUGGAUGUGACAGAAGAAACAAGAUCUGCAUGGCUCACUGUCAAAGAGCUGUUUCCAGCACCUGUUCUGACAGCCAGACCCCUGCUGCCCACUGAAGGAAACUCAGUGACCUUGUCUUGUGAUACCCAACUCCCUUCAGAUAGGUCAAGAAUACAGCUCCAGUACUCCUUCUUCAGGAAUGGCCACACCCUGAUGUCAAAAUGGAGCUCAUCAGAAUUUUGGAUCUCAGCAUUAUGGAAAGAAGACUCAGGAUAUUACUGGUGUGAGGCAAUGACAUCAUCACACAGUGUCACAAAGCGAAGUCAUCAAUCCUAUAUGCAUGUGCAGAGAAUCCCUGUGUCUGGAGUGCUUAUGGAGACCCAACCCCAAGAGGGGCAGGCAAUUGAAGGAAAGAGGCUGGUCUUUGUCUGCUCUGUGGUUGAAGGCACAGGGGAAAUCUCAUUCUCUUGGCACAAAGAAGACACAAGGGAAAAUCUGGGGAGGAAAAGUGUGCAUUCUCAGAGAUCAGAGCUAGUGAUCCCUGUUAUCAGGGAAAGCCAUGCUGGUGGAUAUUACUGCACAGCUGACAAUAACCACAACCUCAUCCAGAGUGAGACAGUGAACAUCACUGUGAGAAUUCCAGUGUCACAUCCUCUCCUCACCAUCAGUGUUCCUGGGAACCAGAUCUCUACUGGGGACAUGGUGGAGCUUCACUGUGAAGACAAGAGAGCAUCUCCUCCUGUUCUGUAUUCAUUUUAUCAUGAAAAUAUCUCUCUUGGGAACAUCUCAGUGACUUCUGGAGGAGGAGUGUCCUUCAAUCUAUCUCUGACUGCAAAGCAUAAUGGGAACUACUUCUGUGAGGCAAACAAUGGCCUGGUGGCCCAACGCAGUGAGAUGGUGGCACUCAACAUCACAGGGCCUCCAAUCAAAAUUCGCUUGAUGAAUGGUCCUCACCGCUGUGAAGGGAGAGUGGAGGUGGAAAAGAAUGGUUACUGGGGUACUGUGUGUGACGAUGGCUGGGACAUGAACGAGGUGGCUGUGGUGUGCCAGGAGCUGGGCUGUGGAGCAGCCAAGCAUACACCUGCAGGCAUGUUAUAUCCACCUGUGGCAGAAGAGGACCAACCUGUGUUUAUUCAGGUAGCUAUGUGCAAUGGGACUGAAGAUACCCUGGCUGAAUGUGAGCAGGUUGAAACUUUUGACUGUGGGCAUGAUGAGGAUGCAGGUGCAGUAUGUGAAGGUGGGUAAUGGCAAGGGCUAGGGAAUAAGAAUGGGCUUACCCAGCUCUGUGGCCCUUCUCUCUGCUGUCAUGUCCAAUUCACUUUAUGAUACACCACUGCUUCUUUCUCCUUAAGAAACACCUAUUCUACAUUAGAAUGAAGCCAGGAUAGCACCUUUUGUUAGGUUAGUCUAUGGUCAUAAUAAACUGCUAAUAAACCAUUCUCUUAUUAGCCCAUACCUGCCAUUUCAAAAGAUAAACCACUGAUAUUUUAUGACCAUGAAUUGGGUAAUGAUAUCAAAAAAUGAUUAAGAAACUAUAGAGUUACAUAACUUUAGUGGUUUUAAUUCAGGUCACACUGCACACUAAUUUUGAGAAAAAAGAACAAUUUAUAUCAAACAAUACUGCAAGAAAUAUAGUAAUCAAAACAGCAUAUUAUUGGCAUAAAAAUAGAGACAUAGGUCAAUGGAAAAGAACCCUACUGCAAAAAUAAACACAUGCUUAUGGCAAAAGAGACAAACAUGUGCAAUGGGGUAAAGACAGUCUUUUCAAUAAAUAGUGUUAGAAAAUUUUUACAUUUGCAUGGAAAGAAAAUGAAACUAGACUACUUUCUUACACCACAUAAAAGAAUAAACUCAAAAUAGAUCAAAGGCUUAAAGAUAAGAUUCAAAAUCACAAAACUCCUAGAAGAAAAUAUAAACAGUAAAUUCUUUGUUAUUCCUCUUUGUUUUUAUUAUAUAAAUUCCUUGGACAAGGUAAACUGAAGAAAAAAUAAAUGGGACUACAUUAAACUAAAGAGUUUUUCAUAUUUAAAGAGAAAACCAUCAACAAAAUGAAAAGACAAGCUACCUAACAGGAGAAGAUAUUCACCAAUGAUACAUUGAAUAAGGGGUUAAUACUAAAAAUACAUAAAGAACUUAAUACCUAACACACAAAAAUAUACAAUUAAAAAUUGGCAGAUGAUUUGAAUAGACAUUUCUCCAAAUAGUGCACAGAGAUGGCCAAUAGAGAUAUGAAAAGAUGCUCAAUAUCACUAAUCACCAGAGAAAUGCAAGUUAAAACUACAAUAAAAUAUCACUUCACAUUUGUUAGAAUGUCUAUCAUCAAUAAUUUAACAAACAACAAGUGUUGGCAAGAGUGUGAGAAAAGGGGGACUUUCAUGCACUGUUGGUGGAAUUGCAAAUUUGUGCAGACAUUAUGAAAAACAGAGUGAAGUUUCCUCAAAUAAUUUAAAAUAGAACUAUAAUACUUUGAGUGAGCAAUUUUAUUUUGGGCAUUUAGCCAAAGAAAUCCAAAACACUAAUUUGAAAAGUCAUAUACAUCCUUAUGUUCAUUGCAGUAUUAUUAUAGUAGCCAAGAUAUGGAAUCAACCUGUGUCCAUCAAUAGUAAACGGGAUAAAGAAUAUUUGGAAUAUACACAAAUAUAUCUAUAUACAUACACAAAAUGGAAUAUUACUUGGUCAUAUAAAAGAAUGAAAUUUUACCAUUUGCAGCAACAUGAAUAGAUCUAGAAGGUAGUGCUAAGUGAUAUCAGUCAGAGCAAGCAAAUUAUAUAUAUAUAUAUAUAUAUAUAUAUAUAUAUAUAUAUAUAUAUAUAUAUAAUUUCACUUGUAUGUGAAAUCUAAAAAGGAAAAUAAACAAACAAAACAGGAACAAACUCAGAUAAAGAGAAUAAUAUGGUUACCAAGUGGGAGAGGGUUGGGGCACUGGGUAGAUAAGGUGAAGGAAUUAAAAAUUAUAAAUUAACAGUUGCAAAAUAAUCAUGGGAAUGUAGAGUAUAGCAUAGGAAAUACAGUCAAUAAUAUUGUAAUAAUGAGGUAUGUUGCCAGUUGGGUAUUAGACUUAUUGAGGGGAUCACUUCAUAAGUUUUAUAAAUGUCUAAUUACUACUCUAUACACCUAAAACUAAUAUAAUGUUAAAUGUCAGCUAUAAUUUAAAAAUUAAAAUAUUUUAAAAAUC